CUGCUAUAUUAGUUAAAAAAACACAAUCCGUAUUCCUCCCCUCGUCAGGUUCAGCCACACCCUUGUGCUCUCAGCCAAACCCUAAAUUAACCUUAACCGACCAUCCCCUAUAAAUUUUGUUGGAUCCACCAUCUUCUCCAGAAAAUCAUUCUCGGAAAAUUAUCUUUAACCCGAUCAGAUCAUAUAAAUCUUUUCGAUUUUUCGAAAACCCAUCUGGGUCUUUUCUCAAAUUUUCCUAAGAACCAUCAAUUUUAUCUGUCUGAAAGAAGCUAGAUUUUUCAGCAUUUUAUCUACAAUUGUCUUGUGUAUACAUAGAGUGAUAGACUUUUGGAACAUAGCAUUAGACAAACGUACGUUGUUGGGUUUUUUCUUGUUUUGAAGUUGGAAGGAAAAAAUAAAAAAGAUGGUGGGAGGUGGAAACAGGAAGGACGAACAGUUGGUGAUAAGCAACAAUAACGUAUUUGCGGCACUUGGAACCCUAAGGAAGAAGAAGAAGUCUGAUAAGGGGAAGAGCACUGAGGGUUCAUCUUCCAAAAAUGUGAAGAAGCAGGCUGAUAAGGAAUCUGAGGCCGUUUUCUGGGCUCCGGCACCAUUGACUGUGAAAUCAUGGGCAGAUGUUGAUGAUGAAGACGAUGAUGAUUAUUAUGCUACUACGGCCCCGCCCCAGGUUGUUUGGGCUGCUACUGACACGCCAAAGGAAAGUGUAACUCUUGAUGUGGAGGAAAGUGAAAGUGAAGGCGAAGGCAUUGAUGAAGCAGAUGAUGAUAAUGAGGAAGAACAUGAGCAAGAACCUGAUGUGCCAGAGGAGAAGGAGCCAAUUGUUAAGAAGCCUGCUGAAAUAGUGGCACCCAAAGAGUCGGAAAGGCAGCUUUCAAAGAAGGAACUUAAGAAAAAGGAACUUGCUGAGCUUGAAGCUAUGCUUGCUGAAUUUGGAUUAAACAAAGCUGAGAGCAAUGAUGAUUCACAAGGUGCUGCACAGGAUAAGAAGGUGGAAAAACCCAAUGGAGAGAUGGCUAAGAAGGAUGAUAAUGCUCCAGGGGAGAGCAAGAGUGCAAAGAAGAAGAAGAAGAAGGACAAAUCAUCAAAGGAGUCCAAGGAGCAACAUGAUCAAGCCAAUGGUGUUGAGGCUGCAAAUGGGACCAAUGAGACCGACAAGGGAGAAGAUGCAUCUACUUCUCUUGUGAAGGACAAGAUAAAGAAAGUGGCAUCUCUCAAGAAGAAAAAAUCAAGCAAGGAGGUAGAUGCCGCCGCCAAAGCUGCGGCUAGUGAGGCUGCAGCAAGGAAUGCAAGGCUAGCUGCUGCAAAGAAAAAGGAGAAGAGCCAUUACAACCAGCAGCCCCUGCGGUGAAAUGUUUCUCGAAUUGGAAGUGAGCAUGUAUGUUCUUGUUCAUUUGUUAAAUGCGCAAUAAACAUCAGAAUCUGGUUCAACGGAGAUCGAUUAUUUGCAUACUACUUUUUGUUUUUCCAAAAAAGAAGUCAUUACUCUCAAAAAAUAGGUUUAUUGAAUGGUUUUGGUCCUCUUUUAUAUUCUGCUACCGGAUGGACAGUUUUUGUGUUGUUGCUAUCCGAUAGAAAUGAACCAAACUCAAUUGUCUCCUGAUAAUUUUGCCAAUGAGUUUAUAUUCUA